AUGACGGCAACGUCCGCAUGUCCCAUAUGCCAGAAACAACGUCCAAAGCGCUCACAACGUCUCACGACUACAGAUAUACCCACUAAUGUUAUACUUUUAUCAACAUUAGCUCGAUAUCGCAUCGAUCUCACGCUAGCUAAUAAGAUUUUUUCAAGAUGGGAACGCAAGAUUGAGCAUAUCUGUAUCUCUCAUUUGAUUGAAGCGACAUUUGUUCUCUUGCGCGAAAUCCAACAACUUUUGGGUAGCCCACCAGAGAAUAGUCUCAGUACGAUCCCCGAGGAUGUAUUGGAUGAAUUCGUGGCACAUGUUCGAAUGUAUGGAUCACUUAUAGGGAAUGGUUUUUGUUUGGAACGAGAACAUGUGGUAGAAUUUUUUGACACCCACUAUACGAAAUAUCAUGCUGAAGUUCUCAAUCUGCUGGGGAAGGAUCGUCAAUCUAUAGUAGAUUCGGAAGUUGUUGAUGCGGAGGUUAGUCAUACUCUGUUUCGCCUACGUUUGCUUAUUUUUGUUUAUAUGAUUUACGUAAUUAUGUAUUUCACUUUGUCUCAAACGCUCUUCAUUGAAAUCUCGUGUACAACUUCACUGUCUUCCAAGAAAAAAAAAAUUACAAAUUGUAUCUGUCUAAUAGUCAUCUAUCCAUUUGUUGUUUCUUUGCUACUUGGUCUUCCAAAGUGUAUUGAGCUCUUAAGGACCUAAGA